CCAACCCCAUUUCCCAAAUAUCCAAGCGUGUGUGCGGCUCGCGCUUCCUGCCGAGCACUGACUGCGUUCUCCAGCGAGCACGGACCUCGCGGUGAAUUGAAUGCGCGUCCUGGCCUCAAUGACGCGCUCCGCUCACGUUUGACGAGACCCCCCCCCCUCACUCCAGGUAGACUACAGUAGUCCAAGCAACACAAAGGAUACGCGCCGAUCCUCAAGUUAUCCGUUCAACGACGCUUCGAUUCGGAUUCCACAACGAGAGCGCAGAACGCGUCUGGAUUCGGCUGGCACGCGCAAUCGUAGACUCGUUCUCAGAGCUAUGGAUAUUAUUAGGAUUUGCGUUUUCCGCAGCCGGAUAUAAGUUUCAUGCCCUGCUAUUAUAUACUAGCUCUUUAUCUGUAUCAGGUCCAGACUGCAACAGUCGUGCGCGCUCAUUGAAGAAGCACAGCGAUAUUAUUCGCGCAAACGCGUUGGUGACCGUCCUCGCGCAGGGAAUUUAUUCAACCCGUCUCAUCGUUUGAUCGCCAAAAUGCAGUUUCGCACAGUUUUGGAUGUUAAAGUGGUGGAUGUGGAGAAGAGGAGGAAUCCAUCCAAACAUUACGUAUAUCUCAUCAAUGUCACAUACUCAGACUCCACUUCUCACAUCAUCUACAGAAGAUACAGUAAAUUCUUCGACCUUCAGAUGCAGCUUCUGGACAAGUUCCCAAUCGAGGGAGGGCAAAAAGAUCCCAAGAAAAGGAUCAUCCCUUUUCUUCCAGGCAAAAUCCUUUUCAGACGAAGUCAUGUGCGAGACGUGGCCAUGAAGAGGUUACGCUUCAUUGACGACUAUUGCAGAGCGUUGGUCCGGCUUCCUCCUCAGAUCUCACAGAGUGAGGAAGUUCUUCACUUCUUCGAGACCAGACCAGAAGAUAUCAGCCCUCCCGUAGAGGAUUAUGGAUCCAAACGCAAGUCAGUUUGGAUGUAUGGACUUCAGGACAGUCCGACCAAGUGUGAGGCCUCAGGCUUGGACAGCAGUGAGCCCAUGGUGCUGGAGCAGUACGUGGUGGUGUCCAACUACGAACGGCAGGAGAACUCGGAAAUCAGCCUGAAGGCGGGAGAAACGGUGGACGUGAUCGAGAAGAGCGAAAGCGGCUGGUGGUUUGUAAGCACGGCUGAAGAACAGGGUUGGGUUCCUGCCACGUAUCUGGACUCACAAAGCGGCACCAGAGAUGAUCUGGAUCUGGGAACAUCGAGAUCAGGAGAAGUUACUAAGAGGCGUAAGGCUCAUCUGAAGAGGCUGGACCGCAGAUGGACGCUAGGUGGAAUAGUCAACCGCCAACAGAGUCGAGAAGAGAAAUAUGUCACUGUUCAGGCGUAUGCCAGUCAGGGAAAAGAUGAGAUCGGGUUCGAGAAAGGAGUCACCGUGGAGGUCAUCCAGAAGAACCUUGAAGGAUGGUGGUACAUCAGGUAUCAGGGAAAAGAGGGCUGGGCCCCGGCCUCAUACCUGAAGAAGCUGAAAGAUGAUCUUUCCCCGAGGAAGAAGACUCUGACGGGCCCCGUGGAGAUCAUCGGAAAUAUCAUGGAGAUCAGUAACCUCCUCAACAAGAAGGCUGUCAGCGAGAAGGACAUUCAAACGGACGGAGAACCCACCACCCCUGAGCGCCACAUUUCCAAGAGCGAGAUCAGUUUACCAAUCCCUUACGCCCAAGAGGCUGGAGGGGCACCCGCGGUGGGCAGCGGUUUAGGUGUGGGGUCUGGAUCUAGUGCCGCCGUCCAGGAGAACAAGAGCAGGGCAGAGCCGGGCUCACCUGCUAUAGCCCGGGUAGCACCACAUAGAGUUGAGAUAGGAUCUCCAAACCUCAGACAAAAACCCCCUCCACGAAGAGAGACAAAUCUGGCCUUCCAGUUGCCCAAACCUCCAGAGCCUCCUAGUGUGGAAGCGGAGUAUUACACCAUUGCAGACUUCCAGUCCAGCAUCUCUGAUGGCAUCAGCUUCCGUGGAGGACAAAAGGCUGAUGUCAUAGAGAAGAACUCUGGUGGCUGGUGGUAUGUCCAAAUCGGGGAAAUGGAGGGUUGGGCACCCUGCUCCUACAUCGAUAAACGCAAGAAACCCAAUCUGAGCCGGAGAACCAGCACACUCACCCGCCCCAAAGUUCCACCGCCCGCUCCACCCAUCAAAAAACAGGAUUCCGAGGAUUCACCUUCUCUGGGCAGCUCUGCUUCCAAAGCUCCAGAAUCUUCCAGUCAACGUGGCGCCUACGAGGAGCCGGAAUACGAUGUUCCCGCCAUGGGCUUUGAGGCUGAACUGGAACAUAAUCCCCUGAAACCAGACCCGAAACCCAAGUUUGAAAUCAAAAGCAAUCCGGCAGCAGCAGAAAGGAUCGCGCAGGCUGGCAAAGCCUCACCUCUGUUGAAAGUGAUGACCUCGCCCUUGAGGAAAAGAAACUCUUUGGAGAACGUCCAUAAAGAGGAGGUGAUUUAUGAAAACGAAGGGUUUAGGUUCUCCUCCGAUGACUUCUCCUCUUCUCGAGAUUCAAGCAGGUGCAGUUUAGACACCCCGAGGAGUCUCACUUUGGGACGCAAACCUCUCGGUUCCUCUGUCUCUCCUGGAGGAGGGAAACCCUUCAGAAAGGUUCCCCCCGAUCUAAACAGGAGUCAUUCUCUUGGCCGUGCCGAGAGACACAGCCCCAGGUCGUCAUCGGACGAAUCGGUUCGCAAUCCCAAAAGAGAGCCCGUCAUGCGCAAAGAUGUGGAAAUCCGGGUCAGUCAGAGUCCCUUGACUAGGCCCAAACCAGUGGUGCGACCCAAACCUCUCCUUACAAAGUCGGAGCCGCAAAGUCCCGAAAGGAUGGAUAUCAGCAGCCUACGCCGUCAGUUGCGUCCCACCGGCAGCCUCCGGCAGGGAGCGAUCCGUGUGGUACGUGGUGAGGAUUCAGAGGCGGCUUCCGUUGUGUCUGAAGAUUCCAUCACCUCGAGAAGUACCUCCGAUCUCUCCAGCGUAUAUUCUAAAGGUAGCCGAGAUGGAGAGUCACACCACGAGGGUGCAUUUUACAGAACCACAGAUGCCUACGAACGAGCACAGGAGUCUGAGGUCAGCUUCCCGGCUGGUGUUGAGGUGGAGGUCCUGGAAAAGCAGGAAAGCGGAUGGUGGUACAUCCAUUGGGGUGAUGAGGAAGGUUGGGCACCUACUUUCUACCUAGAGCCUGUCAAUCAUCUCCACAACGUAGGCGUUCAAGAUGUCCGUGAUAGUCCUCUUGUUGACCUUAGUAGCUCCAACAAAUCCAACAGCCUUGAGAAGAACGAGCAGCGCGUCCAGGCCCUAAACAACCUCAAUCAACAGAACCUGAGGAGCUUGAGCAAUCCCAGUCCGCCAAUCCCAUCCAAACCACCAGGGGGCUUCGGUAAACCAACUGCAAUGCUGAACGGGUCAGGCGUGCGGAUGCGGAAUGGCAUCCGUCAAGCAGCGGUGCGACCGCAGUCUGUGUUCGUGUCCCCGCCCCAGCCUCUGAAGGACACCAACAUUCACACGGGAUCCCUGAGGAGGAAUGAAUCACUGGGAGCAGGUGACCACAUGAGGUCCGCAGGUGGCGUACGAAGAAACUCUUCCUUCACUGCCGUUCGACCGCAGCCGGUGACCGACGUGCGGGUGAGGGCUGGGACCAUCAUUACCGCACCCGUUGGAAGUUCAAGCCCAUUGAUCGGCCAGAGGAAUGGAAUACCGGUGUCUACAGUAAGACCCAAGCCCAUCGAGAAGACGCAUCUUAUUCACAACAACCUUCGAGAAGUGUACGUGUCAAUCGCUGAUUACCGUGGCGACGAGGAAACCAUGGGUUUCUCCGAGGGCACCAGUCUCGAAGUUUUAGAAAAGAAUCCUAACGGAUGGUGGUACUGUCAGGUUGUAGACAGUUUACACGGGCGUAAAGGAUGGGUGCCAUCGAACUAUCUGGAGAGAAAGAAAUAACUCCCUUGAACUUGUUUUAGACAUGCACAAUUGUAAACGAAAUGUAAAAAGUGGGACAGAUUGGAAGACUUUGCUUGGAAACAAGAAGGACGGAGCCUUUUCAAAAAAGGGGUUUACAUUGAAACUAGAGAAAUGCAGGUGAAUGUUUAGCAAAAUACCUGCCGUAACUUUAUGCCAAAUGGGUGCCUUUAAACAUCUUUCACUGAAUGUCAAGAGGAAUCAGUCAAACACCAGUGAAUCAACACCAAACUUAGUGCCAUAGGCCUACGACUACAACAUAUUUUUGUUACAGCGUUGAACAAAAGAGAUUUUAAGCACAGGUGCAUAACAAAAAAGUAUUUAGCACUCUCAAACAAGAAAUGUGUCAGCGAAAUUUUCGACGAAGCGUAACUUUAAUUGACUGUCAUUUUUUAAAGCCAUUUUUUUUUAAUGGAAAUUGUUUUGUGUUAAUGUUUUUAUAUCUUCCUUAGAGAUGUAUUUCUGCUUUCUUGUAACAUCUUAACACAUCCAAACAGACACCUUCUGCCCUGACACACUGUGUCAUUAUGUUUGUCUCUUUAUCUUCCCCAUUCUUCCAAUUCUCAACAGUCUGAACAAAUAAAAGAUGUUAAAGAAAAACAGUCUGUGAAAGCAACAUGCGGUUAUGCAUAGACCACCUCAUAUUGGGUUUAAGCCCACGUUUAGUUUACAAAGUGCAUCCGGUCCUACUGUUUCUAGUUAUAUGACAGAUGGCUUCAGAUGUCAGGACUAAAGAUUUUUCUGCUCUCUAUACGUGCUUUAUAGUAUGAUUCACAAAUCAGGACUGGAAAAUCUUACGUAUUGUUUGGCAUUUUAUCCCAGGGAAAGUAGUAACGAUAACAUUGAGCCCAAAAUGUGAUCACACCAAAGGACAACAUAGUCACAUUUGCUAGUUUGUUUUACAUUUAGUAUUUAUCUUAUGGGUGCAGAGAAAUAGGGUGUAUUCAGCAAAACCUAAACGAGGUUUCAGAAGUGAGAACAAAGUUUAUUUAAUCGUUUUAUCUGGAAGCACUUGAUGUUUUUUAACCCAAAGAAAAGCACAUUAAUAUGCAAAGUUAAAGAAUUACGAUAUUGCUGGGCAGUAUUGAAUCUGAAGUUACACGAUAGGCAGUUUAAAGACGUUUAGCCUCUGUUGACAAAGAUAUUAAAACAGAUUUGCAGACUCUUGCUAUCUUAGUCCAUAUAGUCAAAUCGUCUUCAUAGGUUGUUGAGCUCGAGCGAUUACCUCCCCCUUCAAAUGCAAUUAAUUCAAUCAAAUAACAUUUAUGAAAACUGCAUCAAACAGCUGAUGUUCAAGACUGCUGAAAUAUUUUUCUAAUGAACGGGGCGAGCUCUUAUUCGGGCUCGGCAUUACAGUUAUUUUAAUUUUGUUUUCUGCUGGACAGUAUUAUAGUGUUGAACAGUUAAAACAUUAAUUUACCUGCUAGAUUGCAGUUAAAUUCUAUUAAGAAGAUAGUAGUUUAUUUUGUCUUGUUUGUUUCGUGGUUGUGUGAUCACACAUGGACAAUAAUGAUGAAUGAAGUAGUUCAAUUGUUGUGAAUUGACGCAUCCAAGCAUUUUCCUAAGAGCAAGAAUGUGUCGAUUUAAAGGUGCAGUGCAUUUCGUCAGCAUGUCAUUUAUUUAACGAAAUUAGUUAUUUUUUAUUUAUAAUUUUCAUCGAAAUAUAUUUUAAAUUUUAAGUCUUACAAACAUGUUGUAAUAUUUUGCCAUUGGUGGCUGUCUCGAAAAACUUGAUGUUGAAAAAUUGGCUACUGCUGUAAUCGUAGCUGUUUUCCUAUAUAAUAAGCUCUCUUUUGUCUAUUCAUUUUGGCCUCCAUUACAGCAGAUGUCUUGAAGUUUCAAAUUAAUUCAGUUAGAUGUUUUUAGCUUUAUUUUGAAUGGAAAUAUGUUUUUUUAGAGGCUGAUUACUGCACCUUUAGCAACUAUGGGCGCUUCUUUUCUCAUUAUUGAGCCACUUAUAAUGCCAGAUUUUUUACUUUAUUGGAGUUUUUUCUCUACUUUUUAUCUUCCAAAUCUUUUCAUUUGGAAAUCAAUGUCAAAGUCAGCUAUACAAUUGGAAAUAGCAUAAAUUCCACCCACAACACUAUAACAAAGCAACCAAAUUGCUAUCUGUAAAUAUAUAUAAUUUGUCCUCUGAUAACAGGUUACAAAUUACGUUGAUUGUAUUAUAAGAAAAAUGGAAUUUGUAAAAAAAAACAUCAGGUCUCCGUAAGUACUUUGUUAUAUGGGGAUCCCAAAUAUUAUGUUGGGACCAAAAUUGUUGGUAAACAAUCAUAGCAGCAAUAAUGCAGUUUCAAAGUACAAAUUCAUGCAAUUGUGCUUUUAGAUUUAAAUAGCAAAAAAGCGCACUGCACUCUCACGCCCCUUUUGACGAAGGCAUUAUAAAAAAUGUGUUGACUCACUAAACUGCAGCGCUUGUGAUGGAUGAGAAACUCCAUUAACGCUUCUACUUUAUUCUUCAUUUGCGCCUAUAGAAUUUACAAGGGAACUGUUACGCGUCAAACUAGUUUCACGCAUUACAUGUGUUACACUAACUUUGUUUCAUUGUGUUUUUUAUUUAUUUAAUGUUUCAGUAUUGUGUUUUAAUUUUGUAUUUUCCCUCCUGUUCACUUUUGACAUACUCAGAUGGAAUAAGGAAACGUGCAAUAGAAAACAGCCAUCUCACCAUUGAAGUAUUACAUAUGUAAGGGUUUUUACAUUGUCAUUGGAGUUAGUGAUUAAUAUUGCCUGGUUUGUCCCAUUGUUUUUUUUAACCUUGUGUUUUAAAACUUUUAAAACAUUAUUCUGAAAUGGUAAACCCCCUGAUUGAUACUCACAUUUUAAUCUACUGUAACUUUCUGUCAGGUGUUUGGUGACCCCAGAAGGUCAUGCAGACUGUUGAAAAAAAAACAGGGGUAUCUCUCUCAGAGGCAUUCGGCUUGCCAUAUCAGAUUUAAAGACACUGGGGCAAACCAGCAGUAGCUACAGUAUAUGUGAGCUCCACAUCACACACUGCCAACUGCUCGACGUUUCUCUCUGACAUCCGCCCCACUUUCCACCGUUGCCAUGGCGAACACGACUUCCCUUUCUUAAAUCCCAUUUGUCAACAGCGAGGACUCGCAUACAGUACUUUAUCAUUGUCAUUUUGUGUAGCAUAUAAGGCCUUUUUAUGACUGUAAUAUCAUUUGCAGAUCCGGGUUUAAUUUCCCACACUUAAAAUAACACGGACUGCAUACCUCGCACGUCACGUGUCACCGCGUAUUAUAACUCGGGUUUAUUACAAUUUCUGACCUUCUGGUUUGAAGCCAUUUGAAUCUAAAAUGCUUUUAUGACUUCUGUGUUCAUUACGAUUGAAUACAUGCACUGAGAGUUUGACAUCGGUUGAAAAUGAUGAACGUUAUGAGGGACUGUCUCGAGGAAGUGAAAUAUCUUUAGCUUUCUAAUAUCUGGUACUUUAGUUUCUUAAUCUACGUUGUGUUUUCUUUUCUGUUGAGCACGCUACAUCUAAUAGACAUCUGUAAGAUGUUUAUGAUUUAGAAUGGAUGUAAAACGGCUCUCUCUAAGAUGUUUAGCAGAUGUUUUUACACAGCGGAUCUUUAGCUGACGUCUUACAGACGUACGUGUGCUAGCUGGGCUAUUUUAGGAUAAAACAGGAAUCAGAAGAGAAGAUUGUUAGGAAGAAACAUAUUGUGAGUGCAUUUCAUGUAUUCUGAGGUGGUUUGUGUGGGGAUUUAUGGUGGAAAGAGAACGUGACUAGAUUGUUUAUGAUGUUGUUUGGUUAGAAGGGAAUACAGUCAGUUUGGGUUAAACGCGGCCGAAAUGGAAAUAUUCACUGGCGGAUUUUUUUAUAACAAAAAAGUACUCAUCCUGCAUUAAAAUGUCCUAUCAACACUAUUUGGGCGCAAUAUUCUCAGUCAAGCUUUUGCAAAAAACAUUUUUUUACCGUCCAACCAAACACCCUUGGUAUUUCUGCAAACAUCUCUCAGUACUUCAGUACACACACGCUGGGCCUUGGAGACUUGAUGCGCUCUGUCGACGCCGCUAUAAACCUCUUUAAAAAAAAUGUGUGUGACAGAAUCUAGGACCUCUCAUCACCAGCACACCCACUGUGCCGUCGGGAGUCGAGUCGCUGUGAAAUCACAUUACCGAGCAGUCGGUUAAUUACAGAUGUCGAGGAAAACGUUCGCAGUGAAUACAAAUGUCGCACUGAUUGUGGAUGUCGAGUGGCCGGGGGGUUCGGAUCAGAUGCAGUGAUAGAUUGAGUGUGACUCUAAUGGCUCACAGCAUGUCGAGGCGUAUUAACAUCAUCAGGAGGAAUCGUUCGCGCUUCCUGCGGCUGGUUUGAUUUACCGAGGCGUCCAUACGAUGCUGAAGUGUCGUUAUGUGUGAAACAGAAGCUGUGAGAAUGUACGUGAUCGACUGGGUUGUCGCGAUAUUUACGAGGAAAUACGGGGAAAUCUGCCAGUUGCAGGUUUGAAGAAGGUACCCUUGUUUACAGAAAGGUUUGAUCUGUUCAUUACUCCAUUACCCUGAUAGCACACAUACAUCUGCGAGACGUCUAUUUGAUGUUUGCGUUUACAUCUGCAAGACGUCUAUGAGACGGUUCCUGUCAAAUGUCAUAUAGACGUCUAGAAGAUGUCUGUUAGAUGUUUAUAAUUUACAAUGCGUGGAAAACUUCCUUUUCUGUGACGUUUAUCAGAUGUUUUCCAGAUCUUUAGCAGACAUCGUACAGAUGUACCUUUGCUAUCUGGGUAGACUUAUACCUGGGAUCUAGAGUAGGCCCAUAUUGUGGAUUUGGGUGGAAAGCCGUAUGUGCGGUAUGCUUUGAUUGCGCUAGCGGGUGUUUUGGUAGGUUUUAAUUUGUAUUAAAUUCCUUCUGUGCUAAUUUGCAUUUAUUAUGGGAAGGAUACAGAUUUGGCAUAAGGCAGCUGGGCGUGUUUUUGUUUAUACUUCCAUGAGAUGAGGGCAACGUGGGCACACGCUGCGGCGAUCUAAUCUCUUGCUGCUUCCUGUCACCGACUUUGUUUGGCUGUCUGCUUUAAUUAACAUUUCUGUCCUCUUAAUUAACAGUCACCGAAACAACAGCACGUGGGGCGACUAACAUCUCAGUUAAAAGCAAUCAACUGCUGAGUGUUUUAAUAAGUAUCACUUCUCUAAAAGUUACACUUACUGAGGUCUUAUUUUGUCGUGUCCUCACUUUACAGACUGUAUUCUAUGUGUUGUCUCAAGUGGAAUAACAUGAACUCAUGUAUAAGGCAAAUAAAAGAGUCGCUGUAAUCCAGUUACCCCUCAAGUAGAGUUUGAAUCAAUUUUCAACCUUCGGCGAACUCUCAGACAGGUCAAGGCCGACUGUAGGGGGCAGUCUAACUGAAUCAGAUGCUACACACCAUUGAACAACGAAUGUUUGGGUGGAUAUUUGCAAAGCCUUUUUUUUGUCAUAAAUACAAAGAACAAUGUGCCGUUGAAAAUAUUGAAAGCCUUGCAUUGAUAUUAUUUUCUGUUCAGCCAAAUCUACAUUUUUAUGCAUUUCUUAAAAAAGGUGGUCUAAAUCUUCGGCUUUUAAUUCUCAGCAAGCUCUUUGUUUGUGUUUUUUCUACUUUUUGUUUUUGUACCUUUUUACGUUUACAUUGUAUCUUGCAUUGUCUCAAAUAAAAACACAAUAAAAUGUAUCCUCCUUGUUCUUAUACUUCAAUGUCAUGUUUGUUUAAUGGACUACACAACACAAAUACAGCAGAACACGUCGUUACAGAUCUGUAUGCAGAGAGAAGUCACAAUAAGGUAGUCAUUGAUUACAUUUUGAGCAUUUCCUGUUUGUAAUUGUGUUGAAUUGACAACACUUGACAUCAUUUUUACAUGUUCUCCAUUUGACCUGAGCAGCAGCUUGAAUUGUGCCAUGGGUAAAACGACCCCCCUUCA